AAACUCCGCUUUUCCUAGUCGCGGUCGGCCAUGACGGCGGGCGCGUAGGAACAGCGAGGGCAGUGCCGCGGUGGUAUUCGGUGCAGUAACGCUGCUGCUGGGCGCGAUCCGCUCUCGUCGUCGUCGUCGUCGUCGUCUCGUCGAUCUGUCGCGUGCGGUACGAAAUAGGAGGAAGGCGGGCGCAGCGGGGCGAGAGAGAGAGAGAGAGAGACGAGGGAUCUGUCGCGUCCUCGUCCGGGGCGGCGUCCGCGUCGCGUCACACUCGCGAUACGCAAUUUCUCAACGUCGCCGCUCUCUUCAGGGACUAUUUGAAAAUGGCGCGGGCAACAAGGGCCGUGGCCCCCGUCCCGUACGGCGUCGUCUCGUGAUCCGAAGGACCGACCACCCGCCGAACAGACCUGUCGAAUUGGCGAGCACGAGAGAGAGGGGGACGGAGAGUUGUUUAUACGUGCUACGCUACGGUGUCUCUCGCUUCGGCUCGGCUGCGGAGAACCAAGCCCUGUUCCCUCCCGCCUCCUCCCGCCGAUCGUCCGUGUCAUUGUUCGCCGCGCGCCGCGCGCCGUGCUUCGUCCUGCGCUGGUGCGUCGUACACGGCGGAGGCUGCUCUCUCGUCGUAUCGUAGCCGGACAUAUAUACCUGGGUAUUCUCCGGGGCAACGGCGGUUCUUUCGCAACGUGAAAGCUUAGUUUGUCGCUUUCAGGACAAUUCCCUUGUCUCAACAAAUUUAAAUCACGAGGUAUACGUAUACGAAUAGAGCGAAAACAUGCCGGAAGAACAAAAGACCGCUGGUACCCCAGCGGAAGUAACGGCGGAGAAUGGGACUGGGACGAACUCGCCCACCAAGAGCCCGGUUAGCAGGGGAAAGAUGGCUCUUGCUAAAGUUACCCUCCUCGACGGGACCGUAAAGGACUUCUACAUUGAUAGGAAGGCGAGAGGCCAAGAACUUCUCGAAAUGAUUUGUCAAAGCAUGAAUCUACUGGAGAAAGAUUACUUUGGUCUCAUCUACGAAGACAGACACGAUCCGCGCAAUUGGCUGGAUCUUCACAAAAGGAUUACGAAAUUCAUAAAAACUGAGCCAUGGAAGUUCAAUUUCGAAGUAAAAUUCUACCCGCCGGAUCCAGCUCAACUGCACGAAGAUAUCACGCGUUAUCAGUUAUGCCUACAGAUCAGAAACGAUAUUAUUACAGGACGUUUACUUUGUUCCUUUGUGACACACGCUCUCCUGGGCUCCUACCUGGUCCAAUCAGAAGUCGGAGAUUACGAUCCUGAGGAACAUGGAAGGACAUAUUUGAAAGAUUUUAAAUUUGCUCCUAACCAAACGCCCGAGUUAAUCGAGAAAGUAAUGGAUCUCCAUAAAACGCAUAAAGGCCAAACGCCCGCCGAAGCAGAAUUACAUUAUCUCGAGAAUGCGAAAAAAUUAGCUAUGUACGGCGUAGAUCUUCAUCCCGCGAAAGACUCGGAAGGCGUUGAUAUAAUGUUAGGUGUAUGCGCUUCCGGCCUUCUUGUUUAUAGAGACCGUUUAAGAAUUAAUAGGUUCGCCUGGCCAAAGAUAUUGAAAAUAUCUUACAAGAGGCAUAAUUUCUACAUAAAAAUCAGACCGGGCGAUUUCGAACAGUUUGAAUCUACAAUCGGAUUCAAAUUAGCCAAUCACAGAGCAGCGAAAAAGUUAUGGAAAGUAUGCGUGGAGCACCAUACUUUCUUCAGACUUAUGAGUCCGGAGCCUGUAAAGAAAGUGGGAUUAAUUCCACAUUUAGGGUCUCGUUUUCGGUAUUCCGGAAGAACUCACUAUGAAACGAAAAAGACUCCUAUCGAUAGGCAACCUCCACAAUUUGAAAGGUCUUUGAGUGGCCGACGACUCACGUCCAGAAGCAUGGAUGCAUUAGGUGGGCCUAAACCAGUUGAAACAUACAGUUCCGAACCAAGCAAACGGCAUACUAUGAGCUACGAGCCUGAAAUGCUUUCUGAUGAUAUAGAACAUAUAGACAGACGGCCUAGUCCGAUCAAGAAGCAAAAAGAGAAGCUCACACGAAAAACAAGUGCCGGAACAACAUCAGCUAGCAGUACCAGUAGCCUGGAAGGAGAAUACGAUGCAGAUCGUGGGAGAAAGAAACCGGUCGGAGGAAUCGCUGUCCUACCGCCCGGUGGUCUAUCAAAGAAGAAGAAGGAUAAACAGAAUGAAAACGAAAAGGAAAAUCACAAUGAUCUGAAUAAUAGUGAUCUGAUUAAUGACAAUGCUCAUCUUGACAAUAUUGAUGAUAAAUCACUAUCUAAAAAAGAAUUAAAAAAGAAGGAUAAAGAAACCCCCGAAAAAAUGGAUAAGGAAAAGAAGGAAAAAAUCAAGAGUCCUGUUGGCGGUUUCCUGUUUACCAAAAAGGACAAGGAUAAGAAACAGAAAAAGAACAAAGAACUCGAUGAAUCCACGGACAAGAGUGAUAUCGAAUCGAAUCUUUCUACAUCGGAAAAGCAGGGAAAAGAGGUUGAUGUGAAAGCAAAUAAAAUCCAAGAUCCCACAAAGUCUCCUCAGCUUCCUGGUUACACGAAGCCUUACGAUUACGAAGAAACGGAAGCUUCGCCUACAAGAAAGCCGUUUACUCCACUUGGUUUUACAUACGAAGAUCGGCCGGCAUCGCCAGGUAUACAGGAUCAGCCAUCGCCUACUUCAGCUAGUCGGAAGGCUACAGGAUUGGCAUUUAACUAUGCUCCGGGAGAAGAAAAGAAAGUAGCGGAAUCUGUGGAAAAGAGGAAAACAAAGGAAGCGGAUAAACAAGCACCCGGAUUGAAGACACCAGGGCUCAAUUAUGUGGAGUCUGCUGCCCUUAAGGAACAGCAAAAGAGUGAUGCGCAAGCAGACACUGAAAAGGACCAAACGACGGCCUUCAUUGAUAGCGAACGUCAACAUGGAGAUACCGUUGGUCUGCCUGUAGGAAUCCCACCAGCACCAGUGGAACCCAAACCAGAUUAUCACAUUCUACCUCUUCCCGAUGGCUCGAGAAUCAUUGGAGGUGUGAUUUAUACUAAAGAAGGUAAAGCACUAGAUCAGAGCCAUCUCGGACCCGACGGUAGCAAAAUAAUUGACGGUAAGGUUUGCGGAAAAGACAGUAAAUUGCUAAAGAAGGGAGACCUCGGACCACAUGGGAUUCACAUUAGCAAUGGUAUAAUUACUGGGAAAGAUAACAAACCUUACCAUCAGGAAAUAUUGGGUACAGAUAGAAAUUCGAUAAAGAAUGGAAUUAUUCAUUCUCCUAACGGUGAAGUGGUGAAACAGUCUUUCCUCGGGCCGGAUCACGCAGUUGUCAAAGAGGGGAAAGUAUCACUGAAGAACGGUAAACCGAUUCAACACUGUCAAUUGGGUGCAGAUGGAACGUAUGUGAAAGAGGGUCUCAUAUUUACGUCGGGAUCUAAACCUAUGACUCAGGGCUCGUACGGCACAGACGGCAAGUACAUGGUUGCCGGUAUAGUAUGUAACGAGGAAGGCAAGCCUUUGAGUCAGAUUGCGAUUAUACCUGACGACACGUUCCUUUGCGACGGCUUGAUACAUGGACGAGACGGAAAACCGCUCAAUACGGGCAAGUUAGGUCCUGAGGGCCAUUACAUCGCGGAGGGAAAGAUCCAUUCGAAAGAUGGAAAACUAAUCAAACACGAGUCUUUCAAUUCCGACGGGUCUGUCGUGAAAGACGGCGUAAUUUACUCCAAGGAUGGAAAAUUUUUGACUCAAGGAUCCUUGCUACCGACCGGUGCUCACUUAAAGGAUGGCAAAGUAGUCGGUAAGGAUGGCAAGCCCAUUAAGCACGCGUAUUACAAAUCCAACGGUAGUUUCGUCAAAGACGGUGUGAUACAUGAAAAGGACGGCAGGCCCCUGAAUCAAAUUCCAUUAAUAGCCGAUGGUCACUUCAUCAAAAACGGUUUAGUGCACAACAGAAACAACAAGCCGCUGUCUCAAGGCCUCUUUAAGCCCGACGAUCUUGUAAUCAAAGAAGGUACGUUACGCAACGCGGAUGGUUCAGCAAUGUCAAAUGCUACUCUCGGCCCUGAUGGAUUUCUAGUGAAGGAUGGCACGAUUCUAGGGAAAGAUAGUAAACCGGUGAAACACGAAUUGUUCGGUUCGAACGGAAGCAACAUAAAGAAAGGUAUUAUCCACGCGAAAAAUGGAAAGCCGCUCAAUCAAGAAUCAUUGGUACCCGAAGGCGCGGCUAUUAAAGACGGCAAGAUAUGUAGCAGAGAUGGCAAAUUACUAAAGUUCUCAUUCUUUAAACCGGAUGGUAGUUACAUCAAGGACGGUGUUAUUUACGGCAGCGAUAGUAAACCGCUCAACCUGAACGCAGGUUUACCGGAAGAUAGUUUUAUCGUCAACGGUGUAAUAUUCGAUUACUCGGGGAAGCCCUUGAGCAGAGAUUCGUUUGGAUCCGAUGGUUCGUACGUCGCGGGCGGAUUGGUUUACGGUAAAGACGGCAAAAUCGUGUUGCAAGGUGUGUUCGGUCCCGACGGCAAUACGAUUCGGAAUGGCAUCAUCGUAGGUAGAGACGGCAAGCCCUUGACACAAGAUGACAAAGGCCCGGACAAUAUAGCGGUCAAUAACGGAAAGAUCGUGGACAGCCACGGGAAUCCGAGAAAUCUGUCCUCGUUGGUACCCGAUGGAUGUUACAUACAAGACGGAGUAGUAUACGACAAGAAUGGACAGCUGUUGAAACAAGGUGCGUUUAAGCCAGACGGAUGUUACAUUCGAGACGGCCUGAUAUACGGCUGGGGAGGUCAGUUACUGAACGCGGGAUCCGAAUUACCGGGUGGCAGUUAUAUCGAGGAGGGUAAGAUAUACGGAAAGGAUGGGAAACCCUUGAGUCACACCGCGUUCGGUACCGAGGGCAAUUUCAUCGAAAACGGUAUCAUUUAUGGAAAGGAUAGAAAACCGCUCAGUCACGGCACGUUCGGCAACGACGGCAGUUACAUACAAAACGGUUUACUGUACGGACCGGACGGGAAGCCGCUGAACAAGAGACAGACCAUAAUCACCGUUACGUCCGUUCGUUACGGCUUGGUCUGCGGUGACGACGGCAAGCCAUUAAGAUAUGGCAAUUUUGACAACGAGGGCAGCGUGGUGAAAAACGGCAGGAUUUACGACGACGCCGGAAGAUACCUCAACCAAGAUGUUUACGGCCAAGACGGUGACUUCAUUAAAGACGGUCUGAUUUAUGGGCGCAAUGGGAAACCUCUCUCUCACGAGAACUUACCGCCGGAAAGUAGUUUCAUAAAAAACGGCAAGGUUUACGAUGCGAACGGUCAACCACUAACGCAGGAGGCGUUCGGGCCGGAAGGUUUGAAAGUUAUACAGGGCGUCGUGGUAGACAAAACUGGAAAACCGGUGAAACAUGCGAGCUUCGAUGCCGAGGGUAACGUCGUCAAGGAUGGAAUAAUUUGCGCGCCUACUGGAAAGCCGCUCGAUAAACAUUUUACGACUAUCACGAUCACAAUGGUACAUAGAGGACUGGUAUGUGACAAGGAUGGAAAACCGGUCGCACAAGCAUCGUUCGGAACUGACGGUGGUUUCGUUAAGGACGGUAAGAUAUACGAUAAAUUCGGCAAACCGUACAAUCAAGAGCUUUUCGGCGAGGACGGAUCGUACGUGAAAGACGGUGUGAUAUAUGGAAACAACGGCCAGCUGGUGGAAAGCGUGACGAUUCUGAAGGACUUGCAAGUGUCAGUAAAAUCCAGCCCCACGAAAUUAAAGAAAGCUGCGAUUCCAGCCGUGAUACCGACAAUUGUCAAGACAACAACCAAGCAAUCGGUGGUCAAGGAUCAGGAGGGUGUGACGCAAAAUAUUCAGGAAAAGAUCGAGGAUCUUACACCCGGUGGUACAGGCCAAGUUAUGGUCUCUACUCACGUCAACAAGGCAGAGGCACCAGACGACGGUAGAACUCCGUACAUGACAGCGACAGCUGUCACUACACGUACCGCCACGAUGCACGAGGAUCUGGAAAAAAAUCAGAAGACAAGUCAGGUAGAGGAAAAAACUGUAGCGCAUACAACUGCGACGAGUGCGACAAGACAGGAGCAGCGUGUAGUAACACAAGAAGUUCGAACCACGAGUCACGUGCUUUCCGGCGAACAGCUGUUCUCACGAAGGCUAAGUACAUCGAGCUCGAGCAGCGGAGAUUCAGGUACACCGAUUGAUCUCGACGAUGACCAACAAGCCUUCUACAAUCAAUAUUAUCAGGGAGAUCCAGCCGUGAUCGCAACUGAGAAGCACGUUUAUACAGGAGAACCAGACAGUAAUGUGACAACGACAACUACGGUACCUGUAGUGGCAACUGAAACGAGAAAAGUAGCUCUCGAAAGCGAAGACGGUAACUAUAGUGCCACAGGAGAGAUAGUCAGUACACAAACCAUAUCUAGUAAAACUCGUACUGUCGAAACUAUUACGUAUAAAACGGAGAAAGAUGGUGUAGUUGAGACACGAGUGGAACAAAAGAUAACAAUACAAUCGGAUGGUGAUCCGAUUGAUCACGAUCGAGCUUUGGCAGAAGCGAUACAGGAGGCCACUGCUAUGAAUCCAGAUAUGACAGUGGAAAAGAUAGAAAUACAGCAGCAAACGGCGCAGUAAUUAGUAGAGGAUUGUCCGUCAUACAUACAUAAAAGGGCACUCUUGGUCUAUAAGUAACACAAACGAUUCGUAAUCUUAGAGACUAGGAAAACAAAUUGGUAUUUACAAUAUAUGCUAUAUAUUAGAUGCAUUAUCUAAUGUAUCAUAAAAAGAACCAGACUGAAAUAUGCUAUAAAAAUGUCGAUAAGUCUUUAAAUAUUUUACGAAGUUGACAUAAAGCAAGGAACAAUAUUUAGCUUUAUACCUUGUCUUUUGAGAGGGUCAAAGAAAAUUUCUGAUAACGGCUUGCCCAAUGUUUCGAGCUUAAACUCGAUUGAAAAUCGAGUUUGAUAGUUGAAAGGAAUGAAAUAUUGAUGAAAUCUUUUUAAUGAAGAGAGAAUGGUACCUCGUACUAUAAACUACAGUGUUCAUAUUAAAAUAACUAAGAAGGUGUAUUUAUAUACACGAGAACAUAAAUAAAUAUUAUACAAUGUAUACAUAGCUAUGUAUGUAUGUAAACAAAUGGAUAAACUAUUUAUACAUAGUUAUGGCGAUAAUUAUAUAAAUAUAAAUAUAAAAUAUACAUAUAAAAGACGGGGUGCCCUGCAACUUAAAGUUUUGAUAAUUGAGUAUUUCUUAACAGUAAAAUGAAAAAUAAUUACAGUCAUACAAAGAAUAACCAAUACAAUACAACAAUUAUUAAAAAUUUUGCAGUAAAGUAAUAAUAUCAGAAUAUUCCAAAUUGAAAUACUAAUGGCGAAAUAUUUAUAGUCAACCAAGUCUAUUAAAAGCAUAUUCCCUUCGAUUUAUCAGAAUCUUUUGUCCUCUAACGAAAGCUCGUUACUUUCUCUCUUUCAUCUUUGAGUGUAAUAUUACAAGUUGUUAACAGUAAGUAAAAAAAUACUCUGAUUCAUAAUAUUCGUAUAAAGAAACAAAUAAAAUAUGUUGCAAUGGGUUAUAAAUAUGUAACAUAAUUUUAUCGAUCCGUUAAAAAGUGACUCUUCAAAGAUGAAUUGAUAGAAAGUAAGAUUAAGAGUAAUAGUUUAACGAAAUAGCUCUACUACAUAUUGUCUGUUGUAAUGCUUAAAUGCAAUAAGGUAAGCUUCUUGGCAAAAAGUAUAUGUAUAGUUUGACUAUCUGUGAAAUUGAUAUUGGCUUUCCAAACGGUUAUUACGUAACAUUGUGUGACAGAGUCAGAAUAUAUAUUACGUAUUAAUAUAUAUAUACAUACAUACACUUUAUAUAUAUAUAUAUAUAUAUAUUGCUAAUUGAAAUAUUUGAAAACGCUAUAGUUUUGUAUACCUAAAAAAUGUUAAUAUUAUGUUGUAGAAAGGAUACAGAAAUUACGUUAGUGAUAGUAUUGUAUCAUUUUUCAUGUUGCAGCUAUAUAACAAUUAUGAGAGAUAUAAUAUAUUGACAGAAACUCUAUAGAUUUCAUUAUAUUUCAAUUACUAUGAUUAAUACAAAUAAGCCCAUAUAUGUAUGUAUGUAUGUAUGUAUGUAUAUAUGUAUGUAUAAAACUUUAUACCAAGAGCAAUGAUAUGCAUUGGUCAGCGUAUAUGUCUAAAUUUAGCUGUAGCUUAUGUAGUUGUAGAACUACAAUUUUACAUGAAUUUUCAUUAGUUUAGUGAUUUACGUUCCAUUACAAUUCACAUUGCAAUUUGAAUAAACAAAAUAAAUCUAACACAAAUUUCCUGAAAAGAAUGGUGCAUUUUAAUUUUGCAGCUUUGCAUACAUUUUAAUUUACGCAAAUUAUUCUAAAUGAAAGGAUCAACGUACGAAUAUACCGUACUGUAUUUAGCAGGCUUGUUUAUACCUUUGUUCUUCAAUGUAUUGUUCUUUAUCAAUUAUACUCGUACAUAGUAUUGUAGGUUCUAUUUCUUCGAUUUUAUCUAUUAUAACAUACUGCGCUCCGUUUAAUGUUACAAAUGCUUCGAAGCAUUCUUCUCGUGUCUUUUAAUAAAGAAAGAUAGAGAAGUUUGUUUUGUAGCAUUUGCAGCAUCAAAUGGAUUGCAGCCUAUAUAAAUGCGUUUAAAUGAAAUAUACUUUAAACAAGAGAGAAUUCUUGUUUUUUAUUUUUAUACAUUUACAUUUUUAUAAAAUGUAAAUUAUCAAUAUCUCUAAGAAUUUGAAAGAAUGUUUUGUUCUCAUAGUCUUUAUUUUUAUCCAAUGCUUAAUUUUGUUAUUACAAGAGAGAGAUAUUACAGAAAAUAUUUAUUUUAUACAUAUACCUUGAUUAGUAUUCUCUUUUAUUUAAGACAUUAGCAUUUUCGACUAUUUUUCUCUAGAUUUUAUUUAAAUACAAUAGCAUUAUACCUUAUAAGGAACAAAGGAUAAUCACAGCCUAUUUACGUAAGAAAUUUUAUAAUACUGGUCACUUGCUCUACGCGUUACAUAUGAUAAAUGGCGAGUUGUCUGUGUGCCACGAAAUAUAUAUUGAUUCAUUACAUCUCGUACUAUUUUAUAAUAUAAGAUCAUAUUUUUAGAUACGCUCAAGACGAUGCUAUGGUUUUAUACAAUUCCUAAUGAUUGCUAGUAAAAUGAUUACCUGUUCUUCUUUACAUAUACACAUAUAUCGCGAAACAGGUGUCUCAAGAUUCUGUGAAUAACAUUUUAAUAAGCUGCAUAUCAUUUUUCGAUUGAAUAAUUUCUUUUUAAUCGUAUAAGCUAAAAGAUGAUUGUUUUAUAUUGUAUCUAACAUUCCAUGCUUAUAGUGACUAACAUAUAUAUGUAUAUCAUAUAAAUAUUUGUAUUAUUUUUGUUAUUUAUUCCUGUUUUUUAAGAAUAUACUUUUAUGUUAAGUCUGCUUGGAGAACACAUGUAUACUUAUGUAAUAGCAAUAUAAUUCGAAGUCAGUAAAGUAGAAAGAUAACUCUAAUUUCUUUGAUUUUGAGAGAAUAGAUGUUGAUUUAUUAAUUUUAUAAACUGAUUUACUGCACUUACAUGAAUAAAUCAUAUAAAUUGUCGUAUAAAAUAAGCUUUAAUAAUGUACAGAUCUUCAAGCAGCGUACAAAUAUAGUUUGUAAGUUUAUAAUUUA